CUUUUUCUUUUUUUUUUCCUGCAUCUCUCUGGAAUUGUUUCUGGGAUAUUUUCCAAAUCAUCACAGAAAGCAGGAGGAAUGAACCGGCAGCUAGUGAAAAUUGUGACAACCUUGUUUGCGUUUUUCUUAGAGACAAACCAUUUCAGGACGACUUUCUGUAAAGAACAUGAUUCAAGAUCUGGAAAAUCCCCCUCACAGACCCUGUCUCCUUCAGACUUUUUGGACAAAUUGAUGGGAAGGACAUCGGGGUAUGAUGCUAGAAUCAGACCAAAUUUUAAAGGUCCUCCAGUAAACGUUACUUGCAAUAUUUUUAUCAACAGUUUUGGAUCAGUCACAGAAACCACAAUGGACUACAGAGUGAACAUUUUUUUGAGACAGCAGUGGAACGACUCACGUCUGGCUUACAGUGAAUAUCCUGAUGAUUCCCUGGACCUGGAUCCCUCUAUGUUGGAUUCUAUUUGGAAGCCGGAUUUAUUCUUUGCCAAUGAGAAGGGUGCAAACUUUCAUGAUGUCACAACAGACAACAAGUUGCUGAGGAUUUCUAAGACUGGAAAAGUGCUGUACAGUAUCAGGCUUACUUUAACCUUAUCCUGUCCCAUGGACUUGAAGAAUUUUCCUAUGGAUGUACAGACAUGUACAAUGCAACUAGAGAGCUUUGGCUAUACUAUGAAUGAUCUGAUAUUUGAGUGGCUAAGYGAUGGCCCUGUGCAAGUUGCAGAAGGUUUAACUUUGCCCCAGUUUAUUCUGAAGGAAGAUAAAGAGCUCGGUUAUUGCACAAAACAUUACAACACUGGAAAGUUUACAUGCAUUGAAGUCAAGUUUCAUUUGGAACGUCAGAUGGGAUACUAUUUAAUCCAGAUGUACAUUCCUAGCCUGCUGAUUGUCAUUUUGUCCUGGGUUUCUUUCUGGAUCAACAUGGAUGCUGCUCCAGCUAGAGUUGCACUGGGUAUCACAACAGUUUUGACAAUGACCACUCAAAGUUCAGGAUCCAGAGCUUCCCUCCCAAAAGUCUCCUACGUUAAAGCUAUUGACAUCUGGAUGGCUGUGUGCCUUCUCUUUGUCUUUGCUGCGUUACUGGAAUAUGCAGCUGUCAACUUUGUUUCACGGCAGCACAAGGAGUUUCUGAGACUUCGAAGAAGGCAAAGAAGACAAAACAAGGCACAGGCUGUGACUGUUGGGAAUGAAAGCGUCGAGUCCGUGCGGCGCAUGAAUGGCUUGCGGAGCAAAGAGUCAUCAGCGCACGGGACAGUGAAUCAGAUCGGCAAUUCAAGUUUGAGGGAAGAUGAAGUUGCUCGUGACAGCCGAUUCAAUUUCAGUGGCUAUGGAAUGGGUCACUGUCUCCAAGUCAAAGACGGCACAGCAGUCAAGGCUACUCCACCCAACCCACCUAUGGCACCACCAAAGGAUUCAGAGUCCAUCAAAAAGAAGUUUGUUGACCGUGCAAAAAGGAUUGAUACAAUAUCCCGUGCUGCGUUCCCACUCGCCUUCCUCAUUUUCAACAUCUUUUACUGGAUUACAUAUAAAAUUAUAAGGCAUGAGGACAUUCACAAGAAAUAGGCAACUCUCAUUUGCCAGGACUUCUUAGCCAAAGUGAUGAUACACAUGUAAAUAAACAGUGAAAUGUCUUUCUGUCAUUUGGACUAAGGGUUUCUUUUUCCCCCCCAGGACACUGAAGAGAAAAAGAACAAAAAGAAAAAAAAAGUAUAGAAAGAAAAGUGAUUGCAUGAAACAAUAUGCCAUGAUACCAGUCAAUAAGGGUUCACUAUAUGUACUUUCAGUGUUUUUCUUCCAGAUUCAGCAUUGAUCACAUAUCUGUAAAUGGGGCCAAAUUUUAUCUUAAAAAAAAAAAUCAGAAAAGAAGCUAUUCUCCUAAAACAUCUACCAAGAGACUGUGGUGGCUACAGUACAGUGAGUUAUAAAAGGACCAAACUUUUCAGGAUAAUGUUGCCUUUCUAUUUGAAACAAGUCUACUGAGCUACAUUCCAUGACCAUGUCUGUAGUUAGUGGUUUCACCAAGGAGUCCUUUUGUGAGUUGUAAGUUAUUUCUACUGACAUGGAAGAGAGAGAAAAAAAAUUUAUACUUUACUAUCCUUGUGAGUGUGCAUUUUAAUAUUAUCUUGCUUUACUAGAGUUGUAAUUUUGGGAUUGAAGUUGUGUGUUGUGUGAUUUAUUUGAUAGCUGACACUCCAAAACCAGUGAAACUGCCCGUUUUAUUUUUGUUGGAAGACAGUGCACUUAUUUCAUUUUAUUUCUGCUGAUUUUACAUGCAACUUGAGGUGCCAAACUGUAUUUUACCUAUUGUGCUACCCUGUACCACACUUCUUAGUAAAAACUUGUUUCCUCAAAGGUGUAGCUCAGUUUAGCGUUGAGUUUCUAUUACUGCUCUCAUUGUAGCUGCAAUCAAUAGCUCUAUAGGUAAACACAACUUGUUUACAGACCUCUAAUUUAUAUCUUUACUCAAAGUGGCUAUCCAUUUUAAAUAUCAUUAAUUUACCUAAGAAUUUUAAAACUGUACUGUGAUUUUCAGAACCUGUUACCUUUUGGUGCCGGAUCUGCGUUAUUCAAAAUCUUGCUACA